AUGUCAAAAGUUGAAAUAAUUGACACAGUUGACGAGGUGUCAGAAACCAAGAGUGAACCAACAAAUCUCACUACUUGGCAAAAGAUCGUCAGAUUUCUUGAAGUAGAGCAUGACGAUGAUCUCACUACUUCCCAAAGAUAUCUCUACAACCACGAUUUGAGACCAGUCGAAGCUGAAAGAAGACAAUGGUCAUGGUACAACUACGUGUUCUUUUGGAUUGCGGAUUCUUUCAACAUUAACACCUGGAUGAUUGCUGCAACAGGUGUGCAACAGGGUAUGAAUUGGUGGCAGACCUGGCUUUCAGUGUGGCUAGGCUACUUGUUGUGUGGUAUUUUCGUCUCCAUGAAUGCUAGAGUGGGUGUCGUGAACCACAUUUCAUUCCCAAUCUCGGUGCGUGCGUCAUUCGGAAUUUUCUUUGGACUCUGGCCCGUCAUCAACAGAGUGGUAAUGUCGUGUGUUUGGUACGCUGUUCAGGCUAUGGUGGCUGGUCCAUGUGUUGGUCUCAUGUUGCGUUCUAUUUUCGGACAGAACUUGGACAAGACUAUGCACAAUGGAAUCAGUAACCCUAACCUCACCACCUUCCAGUUUUUGAGUUUCUUCCUCUUCUGGCUCUUUUCUUUGCCCUUCUUGUACUUCAGUCCUCACAAAAUUAGACACUUGUUUACUGUUAAAGCCUACGUUGCACCAGUCGCUGGUGUUGGUUUCUUGAUCUGGACUUUGGUCAAGUGCAAUGGAGUCGGACCAAUCAUUCACGAGAAAUCCAAACUCGAAGGAACAGCUUUGGCCUGGGCUUUCGUUGAGUCGACUAUGAACGCAUUGGCUAACUUCGCUACCUUGAUCUCCAAUGCUCCUGACUUCUCUCGUUUUGCUGACAAGCCAACCUUCGCCAUGAAGUACGUUGUUCAAACCGUGUCUAUUCCAUUGUGUUUCUCCAUCACCUCCUUGAUCGGUAUCUUGGUUUCCUCUGCAUCUACUCAGUUGUACGGUGAAACAUACUGGUCUCCAUUGGAAGUGCUUGGCCGCUUUUUGGACAACUAUAGUGCUGGAAACAGAGCUGGUGUGUUUUUGAUCAGUUUUGCAUUUGCUAUUGCCCAAUUGGGUACCAACAUUUCAGCCAAUUCUCUUUCAUUUGGUACAGAUGUUACCGCCGUUCUUCCACAAUUUGUCAAUAUCAGAAGAGGUUCCUACAUUUGUGCAUUGUUGGCCUUGAUUGUUCAACCAUGGAAUUUGUUGUCCAGCUCUUCAAAGUUCACCACCUACUUGUCUGCCUACUCUGUGUUCCUUUCCUCCAUUAUUGGUGUCAUUUGUUGCGACUACUACUAUGUGAGAAGAGGUUACCUCAAAUUGACCCACUUGUACUCCACCACUGCACCAGAAGAGCCAUCUCAGAUGUCAUACUAUAUGUACAACAAAUUGGGUCUCAACUGGAGAGCGCUUGUAGCCUACAUCUGCGGUAUUUUGCCCAACAUUGUUGGUUUCGUUGGUGCUACCUCUGGAAGUGACAAAGUACCAAUUGGUGCCAUUGAGGUUUACCGCUUCAACUAUUUCUUGGGAUUCUUUGUUGCAGGCCUUAUAUACGCUGGCUUGUGCUACCUCAGCCCUAUUGAGGGUACUCCAAACGUCAAGCCUUUCGAGAAGGCAUGGUGUGAGGAAAUUCCAGACGUGGAAGACUUCGAAAUGGAGUUGCAAGGACGUUUGACUCAGGGAGUCGAAACAGGCUCGGUUGCCUCUUCUACUGGGGCUAAAAAGGAUGGUUUUGCUUAA